AUGGCGGCCACCACCAAAAUCACCAAGUCCUCGCCGAAAUUCCUUCCAAUCACCACCACCGCCACCAAAAUUCAAUAUCCAUCCUCAUUACAUCACUUCUCAUCCUCGUCGAAAUCACCAUUUCCCGACUCGAACCCCAACCCUGAAUCGAAUUCCUCCCAGUCUCAAUCUCCACCGCCACCGCAUGGGUCUUCCUUCUUAGAUUCACUCAGAGCCAGCCUCAAACAACAGCGGAGUAACCCUCAAUCAAAACCCCCUCCGGUCAAAUCUUUCUUCUCCGGCCCUUCCAAUGCAAGCCAGCGCAAAAGCUUAGCUACAGAGGAGAUUAAGAAUAAUCUUGCAGCUUUCCGCGCCCGCACCGCUCCCCCACCUCCACGGGACGACCAAAUUUCAUUGGAGAAACUCUACAUGCGUAGCAAAGGCGAAGAAGGAUCCACCGCGCCGAAUCCGGUAUCGUUUUCGGCUAUUCGCGAUACUUUAAGUAAAAUGGUUCCAACCCCACCGGUGAAUCGGUUAGAUAGUGUUACCCCCCGUCCAAGUAUUAGUCAGAGUUUGAAAUUGGGGCCGGGUCAAACUCCGGGUUCUUCUCCACCUGGAAGCAUCGGCGGCAGUUUGUCGUCUUCCUUUUUCGAAUCGAGGGAGAAGGUAAAUAAUGAUCGUACAAGUACGGAUUUGUUGAGGAAGUAUGACCACAAGGAGUUGGGACAGAAACUGAAGUCGCUUAGGCCUGAGAAGAAAGGGGACCAGAAGGAUUGGUUUUCGUUCCAGGAGCUGAAUGAUAGAUUAGCGAGAUUGAGAGAGAUGGAAUUGAAAGAAAAUGAAUCCAGGGAAAUUCCCGUUAUGGAUGCUUUGAGGGAAAGUAUCUUGAAGCUGGGAGAAGAAAACCUUGAGAAAGAGAGGAAGCAGUUGCACCGAAGAUUUACUGCCUCCAGCCUGAUUGGUGAAACUACAUUAUACUCUACCCCGAAGGAAGAACUUAUUGAAAAGUAUUUCCAUCCAGAUAACAUGUCAGCCUCUGAAAAAUUGAAGUUAGAGCUUCAUAAAGUAAGAGAUGAAUUUAAAAUGUCUGAAUCGGAUUGCGGUUCUGCCCGAGUUCAAGUGGCUCAACUCACCACAAAGAUUAAGCAUCUUUCUGAAGUUCUACACAAAAAGGACAAGCAUUCGAAGAAAGGUCUUCAAGCAAUGGUUGAAAAGAGGAAGAAGUUGUUAAAGUACAUGCGUAGAACCGAUUGGGAAUCUUACUGCUUUGUUCUCACUAAGCUUGGUCUUCGUAACAUUGGGGGACUCUGCUCUUGCGCUUCUGGUGAUGGGGGCGUUGACUCAAAAGGGAGUGGCUCAAGUGGAGUCGAAGGAAGUUCUGGUAUUGCUGGAGGCGCCAGUGCAGAUGGUAAUGGAAAAGUUGGAACUGCACCUUCGUCCAUUGUGGGAGGGCUUGGAACAUUAAAGGGCUCCUCUGGUGGAGAUGGGAACGGAAAUGUCGGGAUUGUGCCUUCAUCAACUGCUGGAGGACUUGGUACAAAUUCAAAAGGCUCUUCUGGUGGGGAAAAAGUUGGGGUAAAUGGUGGCGCUUGCUGUUCUUCUGGUGGAAUAAACGUGUCUGGUGGAGAAAAUAUGGGGACGAGAGGCGGUGCUGGCGUGAAUAUAUCUGGUGGCAGGUCCGGCAGAGGUGGGGAUAUGUCUGGGACUGAAUCAGGAGGUGAUAACCAUGGAAAAUCUGGUGCUUCUGGUUCGGGUGGAGGUGAUAAAACAAGUGGUGGAGGUGGCAAGAUGAUAGGGAUGUCAGGUGGUGGAGGGGGUGGCGACGGUGAAGGUGGUGGAGGUGGAGACUCUGGGGGUGGGGAGGGGACGGGUGGUGGAGGGGAUGGUGAUGAAGGUGGGGGUGAUGACACUAAAGGUGGUGGAGAUGGAGAAGGAGCUGUUGGGGGAGGCUGUAUGAUGGGCGGUGGUGAAGCUACAAGAGGUGGAGGAGAAGCUGCGAGUGGUGGUGGUAAAGGAAUGAGUGGAGUAGGUGAAGGUACAACUGGUGCCGGUGGCCGACGGGGAGAGGGAGUUGGUGCUGUAGGCUGGAAAGGGUUGUUUCUUGAAGUUCUAGAGAAUGGCCAUUGCCCACAAUUUCCGAAUAGAAAAGAAAACAGAGGGUCACAACUUGAGGAUCCACCUCCUCCUCUUGAUCUCCCACCUGAUCCUCCUCUUCCUCUACCUCCUCUGCUUCGUCUGUUUCCUCUUCCUCUUCUGCUGCCAACUGGGGUCCUUCUCUGGUUACUGCUUCUCAACUCCUCUUCAAUUCCCUUUUGGUCGCUAAGUUGGAUUCGGGAUUCCACAAGUGAUGAACCUAUCAACAGGAAUGACACUAAGGUCACAAUGAAUAUACCUCUUGCUUUCAUCUUCAGCUGCAAAGUUGACGAACUUCUUACUCAAACAAGUUUUCACUCCAUAAUUCAGCUCAAGUCGUUUCUUUCGUUGAAGUAUUUUUUAUAG